AUGCCUCUUCCUGUAUGCCAGAGUCCCAUACGGAGAUCUUACAGUGACCAAAGCUUUGGCAGGACACCGCCAGGCACACCGACACAGCUGAAACAGGCACUGGCACUGCCCAGACACCCAUCCAGCUUUCGAUGUUCAGGCCGUCUUCUCCACCAGCAGUCCACUGCUUAUCUUUCCUCUCAGACCAGUGAUCCUCAGGCCCAGGCCCAGCCUCUCCUCUCCUCUCCCCUCAGCCUCCUGUCUCCACAGUCUAUUCUGCAGGCGGCCAGGCAGCUGGGCCUGCAGGCCUCACAGCGCCUCCUGCAGACCGUCAGCCAGAAAUACAGAUUUAGCAACCAAAAGAAGCUGCCACCAGCCAGAGUCAUGACCGAGGUCCCUGCUGCAGCACACGUGGAGCAUAGCAAGAAAAGGGCAAUUGAGAGCUGGAGUCCAGAAGAAGAGGGCGGAGCUGCUGUCGAGUUUAUCAUCCUCAGAAGACAGGUGGUGAAGAUGAGUCGCCGGCUGGCAGCACUUGAAAGGCACAGCGUUGAGCGGAGGAAUACCGAAGUUGUUCUGUUCUCACUACUUUUCUCCGCCUGCCUGCUCAACGUCUGGCUGUGGAUCCGCAGAUAACACAUACUCACUGUAUAUGCACCAGUCAGUAAUCACGCAGCGAGAAGUUAAUAAAGUGGCACAGAGAGCACAUUAGACACCCACAGAAACAGUCUUUGGAACCCACUUUGGCUUUAUUGAGUCAACACAAUUUUUUCUACUCGGGGAAACUCUGUUUCGAUCAAUCACCAUGACUGUCCUCAUUUUUCAGAGUUCAGAGGAAUUCUGGAAAAUGUGUGUGAAUGCUAAUUAAUCACAGACUUACAUAUUUGAGGGUGUAUCAUACUGUCCACCCUGCUGCUCUCUUACGGAAUUAAGGCCUAAUGUCAAACUAAGUUUUAACGUAAUUUUGGCCCAAUCUGUAACCUCAAGGUAACCCCUGAAAGAUUUGAAAUUUGGCCUAAAUUACUUAGUAAAAAUAUCCUCACUGACAAAUGUAAGCAUUCAUGCAGACACAUAAAUACACAAACAGUACUUGGUAAAUACUAUAGCUUUCAAGAAGCUAUGGUCUUAGGUCUCAGGUCUCAGUGAAGAGAAUGUAAGACUUAAAUGUA